UAGUAGAAAUGCCAAUGCUCUUCGUCUCGUCUUCGUCUGUCUAGCUCCGCCCGGUGGUCGUAUGUGUCUAUCCAUCCAAUUGUUCAGUUGCUAUCCAACCCGAGAAGAGGGGCGCUGCCGUCUGUCAGUGUCAGUCCUGUCUGCACUCUGCAACUGCACACUGGAGGGAGCAACCGAGCGAGCCAUCGAUUCUGCUCUACAAGAAGAGGCAAGGCAGAUCGAUCGAUCGACCAUAAGAUUCAGAUUAUUCUACCAUCUUCUUCCCCGGGCGGCGAUCGAUGGAGAUGGGGCCUGCCGCCGCCAUCUGCGCGCUCCUGCUCAGCCUCCUCCUCCCUGCCUCCCUCGCCUUCCCGCUAUGCACCGACGCGAGGGCGCCGGUGCUGCUCAACACCACGCUCAAGUUCUGCCCCUCCUCCUCCGGCAACAGAAGCAGCAGCUGCUGCGACGCCGCCGCCGACGCCGCGCUCAGCACCCAGUUCAACGCCAUGAACGUCUCCGACGCCGCCUGCGCCGCCGUCCUCAAGUCAAUCCUCUGCGCUAAAUGCAGUCCAUACUCUGCUGAUUUGUUUGAUGCCGGGCCAAAGAUUCGGACAAUUCCCUUCCUCUGCAACUCCACCUUCUCAGCAACUUCUGCUCAGUCCAAGGAGACAACUCAGGACUACUGCAAACAUGUUUGGGAAACUUGCAAGGAUAUCAAAAUAAUGAACUCUCCCUUUCAACCACCCCUGCAAGGCAGUGCACCGCCUCCGACCUCAUCACCGUCGAAGCUGACUGAUAACUGGCAAUCCGAAAAUGACUUCUGUACCUCGUUUGGUGGUGCACCGAAUGAUCGGUCUGUAUGCUUCAGUGGCGACACGGUUUCAUUCAACGCCACCCAGCCUUCGCCCUCUCCUAAAGGGAUAUGCCUGGAGAGGAUUGGUGACGGAUCCUACCUUAACAUGGCUCCUCACCCUGAUGGAUCCAAUAGGGUCUUCUUGGGCAGCCAAGCUGGGAAGAUAUGGCUGGCAACUGUCCCUGAGCAAGGAUCCGGGGGUACUCUACAAUUCGAACAAGCUAGCCCAUUCGUUGAUCUGACUGAUCAGGUGCACUUUGACUCAGCAUUUGGACUCAUGGGUAUGGCGUUCCAUCCGGAAUUUGCAACCAAUGGCCGUUUCUUUGCCUCUUACAACUGUGAUAGGACAAAGUCACCCAGCUGUACGGGGAGAUGCUCUUGCAAUUCUGAUGUGGGCUGUGAUCCCACGAAGCUAGGUACCGACAAUGGUGCUCAACCAUGCCAGUAUCAAGUGGUGAUUUCAGAAUAUUCAGCGAAAGGUUCCUUGGCAAACGUUUCUGAGGCUACGUCUGCUGAUCCAUCUGAAGUUAGAAGGAUUUUUACUAUGGGGCUACCUUAUACAUCUCAACAUGGAGGCCAGGUACUUUUUGGACCCGAUGGCUACCUCUACCUCAUGAUGGGGGAUGGUGGAGGAAAGGGAGACCCUUUUAAUUUCGCUCAGAACAAGAAGUCACUCUUGGGAAAAAUCAUGAGGCUUGACAUUGACAAUACGCCGAGAGCAAGUGAAAUCAGUAACACGAGUUUGUGGGGAAAUUAUUCUAUUCCAAAAGAUAACCCGUAUGGUGAUGAUAGCGAGUUGCAACCAGAAAUUUGGGCACUGGGUCUUAGAAACCCGUGGAGGUGCAGUUUUGAUUCUGAGAAGCCUUCCUACUUCUACUGCGGAGAUGUUGGGCAGGAUCAAUAUGAAGAAGUGGAUUUGAUCUCCAAAGGCGGGAACUACGGAUGGCGUGCGCUUGAGGGUCCUCUUGUUUACCAUCCACCAUGGGCACCGGGAGGCAACACAUCACUUGACUCCAUAAACGCCAUCCCACCUAUCAUGGGUUACAGCCACUCUGAUGUGAAUAAGAACAUCGGAUCCGCAUCGAUCAUGGGAGGUUAUGUCUAUAGAGGGUCCGCUGAUCCCUGCUUGUACGGGAGGUACUUGUACGCUGACCUGUACGCGUCGGCCAUGUGGACCGGCACAGAGGCCCCGGAGAGCAGCGGGAACUACACCUCCACUCUGAUUCCCUUCAGCUGCUCCAAGGAUUCUCCGAUCGCCUGCGAGACAGCUGCUGGGAGCUCUCUCCCGUCACUUGGCUACAUAUACUCCUUUGGCGAGGACAACAUCAAGGACAUCUAUGUGCUGACGAGCAAAGGCGUCUACCGAGUCGUCAGGCCCAGCCUCUGCAGCUAUACCUGCCCAACAGAGAAGCCCGCGGCGAACAGUGGGAGAGCUCCUCCUGGUUCUUCAUCAAAGGCGGCAGCCACGGCACUGAGCAAUCAGAUGGGAGUGCUUUUGCUGUCUGUUAUUAUGUUUUGGGUCUUGAUAAGAUAGGAUCCUGCAUGCUCUCAGUCAGUGAUGUGCAAGGAUUGGAUGGUACUUUCCAUACGUUAGGAAGAAACUGAAAUAAGAAUAUACUAUAUAACCUGCAGGUUGCUGUAGCAGGGACCUUGGUGGUAUAAGUACAUAUUCAGUUAUUGCUUGCAAGGAAGAAAACAGAGUGAGGAGGGUGAAACUUUAUUCAUAGUAUAUAUAGUAUAUAUGGUCACUGGAGACUGCAUGUA